AUGGGGAAGCAAGAAAGGUCGGCUGGUGCAGCUGAGAAAUAUGUUUUCCUAGAUGCUUUGGCAACUCAGACAAGAGAUCCGGUAGAAUUGAGGACGCAAGCGUUACAUUUGUUACUGGCUAGUCGAGACACAACGGCCUUACACCUAGGUUGGUUGUUCCUUGGGCCGUCCCAGGAUCCAGUUCGGUACAAGAAACUUAGGGGUAUCAUCAUUGAGGAGUUCGGCACCUACGAUAAACCUUCAGGAAUAGCAUUUUCUCAACUGAAAGACAGCCGAUAUCUGCAGAAUUGCAAUGACGAGGUGUUGCGAUUGCAUCCUGCCGUACCAGUCAAUGCAAGAACCGCCAACAAAGACACUACAUAG